AUGGGCUCUGUCGUGCUGCCCCAUCUCCCGACCGGCUGGCAUGUCGACCAAGCCAUCAUGUCAGAAGAAGAGCGGCUGGUGGUGAUCAGGUUUGGGCGUGAUUGGGACGUCGACUGCAUGCGGCAGGAUGAGGUGCUGUUCCGAAUUGCUGACCUGGUGAAGAAUUUUGCGGUGGUGUAUGUCUGUGACAUUGAUCAAGUUCCUGAUUUCACCCAAAUGUACGAAUUGUACGACCCCAUGACGAUCAUGUUCUUCUUCAGAAAUAAGCACAUGAUGUGUGAUUUCGGAACAGGCAACAACAACAAAUUAAAUUGGGUACUGGAAGACAAGCAAGAGUUGAUCGACAUCAUCGAAACCAUUUACAAGGGCGCCAAGAAGGGCAAAGGUCUAGUUGUCAGUCCCAAGGACUACUCGACGAGAUACCGCUACUAG